AUGUCAGCCGAACACGCAGGGGCUGCUGACCGAUCAGCAGAUCCUGCGGCAGCAACGCAGGCGAUAGCAAAUGGGGGAUCACCAGCGGUGUCUCAACAGGAUUUCCUGGUUCAGUACGUCGUGGUCCGCAAGGACCUCUGGGCCAGCAACGGAUGGCCGCUGGGCAGCGUUGUGGCGCAGGCCUGCCACGCCUCCUCAGCGGCAAUGUGGACGUAUCGCGACGAAGAAGCCACGCAGCAAUACCUCGCACCGGAAAACAUUGACCACAUGCGGAAGGUGGUUCUGGAGGUGAAGGAUGAGGCCCAGCUGCGGAAGCUAUCCGACCAACUGAACGCCGCCGGCAUCGGUCACAAGUUGUGGGUAGAACAGCCGGAGGACUUCCCAACAUGCCUUGCCACCCGGCCGUACACCAAGUCGCAAGUGGCGUCGUACUUUAAAAAAUUCCAGUUGUCCAAGGCGCCGAUUGGAUGA